AUGAUGGGCCUUCAUAACUGGGACCCCCUUGUCUCUCUACACCAUUCACUGUUGCCAGGGAUCAUUUCCAGUUUCCUCAAAAUCGAAGGUACAAAAAUCGUGGACGGGAAUAAAAACGAGGUUAUCCUCAGAGGUGCCGGGCUGGGAGGCUGGAUGACAAUGGAGAAUUUUAUUACCGGAUACCCUGGAUGUGAAUACCAGAUACGCGAAGCGUUGGCAGAAGUACUCGGGGACGAGAAGUCCGAUUUUUUCUUCGACAGAUUUCUCGAACAUUUCUUCGCGGAGCCCGAUGCAGCCUUCUUCAAGUCACUAGGGCUCAACUGCAUUCGGGUCGCUAUUAACUACAGGCAUUUUGAAGAUGACAUGAAGCCGCGCGUACUCAAGCCGGGAUGUUUCAAGCACCUCGACCGUGCCGUCGCCGCAUGUGCGAAGCAUGGGAUCUACACCAUUAUCGACAUGCACACUGCUCCUGGCGGACAGAAUGGCGGAUGGCAUUCGGACCACGGAACUCAUAUCGCAAACUUUUGGAUACACAAGGACUUCCAGGAUAGACUAAUUUGGCUCUGGAUGGAAAUUGCACAACACUACAAGGACGAGAAGUGGAUUGCAGGGUACAAUCCAAUGAACGAGCCCGCGGACCCACAGCAUACUAGUUUGGUGUCAUUCUAUGACCGCGUGUAUGCUGCGAUCCACAGUGUGGAUCCAAAUCACGCGCUCUUCCUCGACGGCAACACAUUCUCGACGGACUUCUCAGGCUUCCCAGAAGAUGCGAGUACGCGCUGGCCAAAUACAGCGUACGCAAUCCAUGAUUACUCCGUGUACGGGUUUCCGAAGGCGCCUGAACCAUAUACGCGUACGGAUGAGCAGCGAAGACGCAUGCGGAGGAGCUACGAGAAAAAAAGGGAAUGGCUGGACCAACGCCGGUUAUGCGUGUGGAACGGCGAGUGGGGCCCCGUGUAUGCACGGGAAGAGUAUGAAGGAGCUGCAAUGGACGCAAUCAACCAGAGGAGGUAUGACGUCCUCAAUGAUCAGCUGGAACUGUACCACAAGGACCGUUUGAGCUGGUCGAUUUGGUUGUACAAAGACAUUGGCUUCCAGGGCAUGGUAUACGUCAAGCGCGAAACACCGUACAUGACGCUCUUCAAAGAUUUCCAGCAGAAAAAAUACCGGCUGGCAGUGGAUUCCUGGGGUGCAGAUGACAAGACCGUGCGUCACAUCUACGAUCCGAUAGUGGACCUCAUCAAGCAGAAUGUCCCCGAGUCGCAUCGCCGGCUAUACCCAUUUCCAGUGUGGAGUGUAGAAGAGCGUGUUGCGCGUCUGGCGCGCUGCAUGCUCGUCAGUGAGUACCUCGUGCGCGAGUGGGCGGAACAUUUCCGUGGAAUGGAGGUAGAAGAUCUAGAGCGUAUCGCUCAGAGUUUCAAGUUUGAGUAUUGCGCCGACAGAGAAGGCCUCAAUCAGGUGCUAAGGAGCGCACGCCGCGCAGACUAA